AGACGCUGUACAGCACGAUGCGUGCGGCGCUGACCAACUUUGAGCGACUCGAGGCCGUGCGCGAGUUUACCCGCGGGUGCAGCCCGACACGCACAAUCUUUGAAACGGGCCCCCCGCCUCGGCUGACGUGCGAGCAGCUCGGCCGACUGGCUGAGAGUGUCACUCUGAACAGUCGCCGAAAGGAGGUGCUCGUCGCGCUUCAUCCGUACCUCUCCGAUCGUCCCAGCUUCCACUCACUCGUCGAGGCCCAGCUCAUCCUCCUCUGGGACCGAGAGGACGCGAGGCGGGAGGUGGCCGCGAAUGAGAGGCGCGCGUGGCUGGAGUCCAUUGGAGGAGACUGAGCCGUGAGUGUCUGAGUAUACGCGUGUAACUAUAAGCAGGCACCGACAAUGUCGGUGACAUUACAGUGGCGUUCUCAAUAGCAAGGAAACGAAGUCUUAUUCGAUCCUAUUCAAACGCACAGAGACUC